GAAAGUAUUUGAGAAGAACCGUUCAGAUACACUACUUCUAUCUGAAUGGAGAACAACAGUCAAAACAUCUUGGAGUAUUUUUUGGAAGGCGGGAAUCAGCAGGAUGCAUCAAAUCAAUCUAGUAAAGAACAUCAACAAAGUGAUCUAAAACGAUCUCAAGUUGUACCAAAUAGUUCUGUUGCAAGCAAAAAAACGACCCCAAACUCUCGGUCAUUUCAAAACAGUGAUUCAUCAGAAAACAAUCAAAAUUCGAGGCCUCCCGAUUCCGCUGAUCUUUUAAACCCGUAUGUGUCAUUCGAUACAAUAAAACCAAAUAACUCCAGAUCUUCUCAAUCGCUCUUACCUACACAAGAUCCCAACAACUUCUAUUACCGUCAAAACAUUCCCUACUCUACUCCCCUCAUUCCAGUUCUCCCCCAAUCCGAUUCCCUCAACACCUCCCAGCGCCUAUCCCUCUCCUCUUCCCAAUCCCUCCAUCCCCUCUACUCCACCCCUCUCUACGACAACUCCUUCAACCACCAGCCCAUUCUCUCUCCCUACUUCCCCCAAAACGCCUUCUCCCAAUUCAACCCUUCCUUCAACGUCAAGCAGCCGGGCGUGAUGCAGCCCGUCAAGUUCCCUUUCCAACGCUCCCAGCUCAAGCCGAAGGACGGCAAGCCCUCCGACUCCACGCAGCCCUCCUUCCUCCUGCCUCUCAGCUCCCAGCCGAGCUACUCGCUCCCCGCCCAGUUCCCUUUAGCGCCCGGGAAGGACUCCAUCGUGGAUUUCCAGCGCAAACCCGAGGAGACCGAGGCCGAAGGCGACGCCAAAUCGGCGAUUCUCGCUCCGUUUCUCCCGGAAGAGACCAAGGAACUCAAGUGCGGAGUGGCGGAGCGAGGUAAACGUGCAGACUCACGCGAGAUCGCGCGGCGGCGCGGCUUCGCCGCAUGCGGAAGAAGGCGUCGAUCGAAAUCACCGAGAUGA